CAACGUUCCGGGCGCGCCUGCGCGCUGCGCUGCUCCCCCCGCCCACGUGUGCGCGGCUCGCCAUGCCGAAGGCCAAGCGGGCCAAGGGGAGCGCGGGGCCGGGGGAGGCGGCGCGGAGCCUGCCCCUGGCCGAGCAGAUCCUGCAGGGCCAGGCCGUGCGGCCCAGCCGGAGGACGAAGAGGCGCGGCGCGGCCGCGGAGGCGGAGGACGAGUAUGUGGACGAGAAGCUGUCGCGGAAGAUCCUGGAGCAGGCGCGGAUCCAGCAGGAGGAGCUGGAGGCCGAGCACUGCCCGGGCCGGGGAGCCGCGCCGCCGAGGAAGACCACGGUGCUGGGAUCUGCAUCUCGUGAUGGGGAUUCCGACGCAGAGGACGAUGACGAGUGGCCCACGCUGGAGAAGGCCACGUCCGUGCCGAAGGAGGAGUAUUGUGAAGAGGUGACGGUGAACCCUGAGGAUGAGAGAGCCAUCGAGAUGUUCAUGAACGCGAAUCCACCGCUAAGGAGAACCCUAGCUGAUAUCAUCAUGGAGAAGAUCACGGAGAAGCAAACGGAGGUGGAGACGGUUAUGUCAGAAAUAUCAGGCCUCCCCGUACCCCAGCUUGACCCCCGGGUACUGGAGGUUUACAAGGGUGUCAGAGAAGUGCUGUCCAAGUACAGGAGUGGCAAACUCCCCAAGGCGUUUAAGAUCAUCCCCGCUCUGUCUAACUGGGAGCAGAUCCUGUACAUUACAGAGCCAGAAACAUGGACAGCAGCUGCCACGUAUCAGGCAACCAGGAUUUUCUCAUCUAACCUGAAGGAGAGGAUGGCCCAGCGGUUCUACAACCUGGUGCUGCUCCCUCGUGUGAGGGAUGACAUUGCUGAAUACAAGCGCCUCAACUUCCACCUUUACAUGGCUUUGAAGAAGGCCUUGUUCAAGCCGGGGGCCUGGUUCAAAGGGAUCCUGAUUCCCCUGUGCGAGUCAGGGACCUGCACGCUGCGGGAAGCCAUCAUUAUAGGGAGCAUCCUCACCAAGUGCUCCAUCCCAGUGCUUCACUCCAGCGCGGCUAUGCUGAAGAUCGCUGAGAUGGAGUACAGUGGCGCCAACAGCAUCUUCCUGCGCCUCCUCAUCGACAAGAAGUACGCGCUGCCCUUCCGCGUGGUGGACGCCCUGGUCUUUCACUUCCUGGCCUUCCGCAGGGACCAGCGCACCCUGCCCGUGCUGUGGCACCAGUGCUUCCUGACCUUCGUCCAGCGCUACAAGGAGGACCUGUCCUCGGAGCAGAAGGAGUCCCUGCUGGAGCUGCUGAAGUUCCACUGCCACCCGCAGAUGUCACCCGAGAUCAGGAGGGAGCUGGUGAACUCCAAGACUCGGGAUGUGGAAGGGCUGCAGCCGAUGGCAAUGGAGUGAAGGGGGGCAACAGCAGGGAGGCAGAGACUCCUUCCAUCGGUAAGAAGCUGCAGCCCAGGGCUGUCUUAUUGCUCAUCCCUGGCUGGAGAAUCUACGUGGAUGAGAGUGAGGCGCCCUGCUUGGGAGCUAAACCUUUAGACUCAGCUUGGGAGUGUACUUCUGCCACUGGGAUCCCAAAGCUGUCUCUCUCUUGCCCAGCAGAUGAGAAUAGGCUGGGUUCUCUCCAUCUGGGCUUACCUUACCCUCCCUCCAGCUUGAGUGGUGGAAGCUGCCUGGCUUAGGUCUGAGCAGUGAUGAUAAUCAGUGUGGCACUGGGGGGAGAGCAUAGGGAUCUGACGUGUUCCUGUGUCUGAAUAAAACCUGUUCCCUGUACCUUC